CAGGUGGCGUGUCAAAGCCACGGCAGGAAUUCCCAUCUGGCCUCCAUCCACAGCGCAGAGGAAAAUGACUUCAUCUUUCACCUGAUGGGCAAGCCGCUGGAUUACACUAAAGGGCAGGCCUACUGGAUCGGCGCACACGACACUUUCAAGGAGGGGUCUUUCAUGUGGACGGAUGGUUCCAAAUACAAUUUCCGGACAUUUCCUGCAGGCCAGCCCGAUGGUCUCCCGGGAGAAAACUACCUGGGCUCUUGGACCCUGGAAAACGGCUUCGUCACCUGGAACGACUAUGGCCCCAGCUGGUCCUUCCCGUUUGUUUGCAAAUACACCCUGCGGAACAGGUACCAUCCAGCGUCACUCCCACCAGGGCGGGCUAUUCUCCGGACAGGAGAACUCUAG